ACACGUGUUGUGACAUUGACAGUUGUCAUGUAACGCGUUUUCAGUAAAAUCAAUUUUUUUGCCCCGUUUGUACAUUAUUGUGCCGUUUAAAACAAAUAAUUCGGUUUUUUUAUUUGGUUUAUCGCCCGUUUGACAUGAGCUGCACCUUCCAUACUGAACUGGAACUGGUCGCCUCUUCUGAUCCUAACCUGAACAAACCCCCCCACCCUAGCGGCAGCCAAUCGGCCCGAAAAACCAACGACGUUCGCUUACAAGAUAUAGAAGAGCAACUGGAAAUGGCCGAAUCAAGAUGCAACACCCUCAAAGAUCAGCUGGAUUACAUGAAGCAGGUCUACGGAGUGAACAAGUCCGCGCAGAACAAACCCAAGAGUAGCGCAAGUCCUUUAAAGAACUCUAGCGUGGUGCUAGAUGAGACCUCUGGCAGCAGCAACAACGACUUCAAAAGCAUCGUGACGUCAUGCAGCCAACCCAAUAAGCAAAAAUCAUACCAGAUCGGCACAGACAACACCGGAGCGGCCGUACGAACGAUCAAUAACAUCCUGAACGGAAUCACAAACUCUGUGAACCGUUUGUCGGAAAUUCACUCACAGAUCACCACCCCCAGGGUGAAAAUAUCCACAGGGGUCUCUCCACAUUGUCCGGAGAGUGAGGGCGCCGAAGCGAAACAGAAAGAUGUAGCAACCGUUCCAGAGCUGAACAUUGAAAGCAGCCCCGUGUUACAACUGAAGGCUAGAGGGCAAAAGCGCAAGUCAGUGCGGAGUGCCAAGACCUCGUCGCAGCACGCCAUAAAGAAAGUGUCACGAAUGGAGCGCAGAUCCCGUUCGAUCAGCACCAAGUCUACUGCGGUGCUGGAAAAGAGAUCUUCGACGUUGAUCCGUAACAGGAUCUUGGGAAAGAUGAACACCAAGAACAACAACUUGGUGGAGAUCUACCAUAAUGACGCUUUAAAGCAUAGCGACUCAGACGAGAGCAACCUGAAGAAAUCUAGGCAGCAGAAGGAGAGGUUUACCCCAAGGAACUUUAAGGCGGACGAGGGACCGCACGUCCCUCCUCUGAACAUCCUCAGAAAAGACGAGAUCUGUAAGAGUGAAUUCACUUACCCCUACAGCCAAGCGUUUUCUUGUGAUACCCCACAAGCGCCACGCACCACGGUCAGCUGCUGCUACAGCAAGAACUAUGAGCUACCAACGGUUGCCUCCAGGAUGAAGCAAGUGGCCAAGAGCUACCUGGGGAAUCUGAAUCUGAAGACGAUCCCGUUUUGCGCGGCCAUUUCGACCACCCAGAGCCACAAUAUCGGGAUCAACAUCCAGCAAGUGAUGAACAUUAUUAAAAACCGACAACCGAUCAACGGGAUCUCGCCCACUUUGGCUCACAACAUCGGCCUGGCCGCAGAGAAGGUCAACAGCAAGCAUUUUUCCAUGCUGGUGUCCACGAUUAACUCGAAGAUAUCACAUGCGGGGUCCAAGUGCCCUCUAUCCAACACCUUUCUUAACAUGCAACAGUUGCAAGAGCAAGCGAGAAACGUACCUGAAGAAACCAUCGAGGAAUGUGAUGAGGAUGAGGUCAGCGACUCGCCACAGACUCAGACCAUGAUCAUCACCGGACCUUCUGGCGAUAUGGAGGUGAAGACCACCAAGACCCCGUCGUGGAGGGUCGAUAAGAGUGUGGCGGCCGAGCAGUGCACAUGCGUGGCCCAACCAAACGUGGCUUUCCAGCAAAUCGCCAACAGAUACCAGAGGAACAUCAGAACCAUUACUGAGAACAGCUUGAAUUCUCAGAUAAUAGAGAACCAGCUGAAGAAGAGACUAAGAAGGUACAAGAGUGCAAAGAACGGCUUGAAACUUGAGAAGAACAACAACGAGACCCAAGUGCAAACCUUAACAGGCAACCCAGACACCCAGAAGGAGGAGACUUUGAAUGGCAGAGAGAAGAACUUGAAAGAAGUGCUUACUAACUUGCAUGACGAUUUUGAGCAACUGAACAAGAAAUACGAGGACUUGUCUCAGCAAAGCCAGUCAGGUUCUGACGAGAAGGCCACCAAGGAGCUCGAGAGGCUUGAGGCGGAACUAACUAAGAAGGAGGAGGAGAUCACCAUGGUGAUGACGCUGUACAAGGAGGUGCAAGCGCUUAAGCAGCAAGUGAAGCAGCUGAAGGAGAAGCGCAGCCAGGCGAGCUUACCCUCCAAGGAGAGCAAAGAGACGAAGAUCAAAUUUAAGGAGUACAACAAUCCGGAGGCCGCCUUCCAUCUGACCAAACUGCUCAAGCAGAUCCAGCACUAUCAGAUGAGAUAUAAGUCAAAUUUAAGUCAGGAAAAUUAAAUAAUGAGGGUUAAAAGUUGA